ACGAAGAAACGUCUCGCGUCUCGCAAACAACUCCACAACCACCUCCUCCUGCUGGUGCUACUGCUGCUGCUACUGCUGCCACUGCUGCCCAGGGCCUAGCGACCAUGGCGUGUGCGGUGGCCACUCCGGCGCCGGAGCCAAGCGGGGACUUCCCGGCGUGGCUGGAGGCGCAGGGCGUGAACGAGGAGGUGGCCCGGGCCAUGGACUCGGAGCUGGGCAUCCGGGACUACGGGGUCCUGCGCGCCUGCGUCGGGGACGGCCUCGUGCGUGCCGAGCUGCUGGCCGCGGCGCGCGACCGCCUGCCCUUCGGCUUCUACGCCGUGCUGCGGCAGGUGGUGAAGGCCCUGCGGGGCGCCGAGCCCCACGAUGCUGGGACGUCGCCCUGGAACGCCACCGCCUCCUCCCCAGGCGACGUGACGUUGGGAGGCCUGGUGGACGUGCUGCUCGCUCUGUUCAGCGGCUUGAGCCGGGAGCUGCUGCUGUCCGUUCAGAGGUUGGGAGGUGGCGGUGGUGGUAAUGAUGAUGGUGAUGGUGGCGAUGGUGAUGAUGGUUCUGACAGCGGUGGUUGGGAUGGUGAAGAUUGUGGGGAUGGUCAGGCUGAAGAGGAUCUGGUCGAGGCCUGGGACGAGAUCAAAACUGAACAUAAAGACUCGGAUGAAGGAGUGACCCAAGUGUCGGAGCAGCACGGAGCGAGACCCGGCUUCUCUGGGGCCCAGCUGAAAGGGGUGGUGAUGACGACGACCACAAUGAUGGACGUUCCCGACGAUGAGCAGCUCACUUCUGAGAAUGCAGAAGGAGAAGGAGGAAGCGGCGGUGACGACCUGGAGCUGAGUGUCAACAACAGAGAAAACCUUAACCUCCCAGACGACCAUUACAACAACGAUGACGACAACAAUUACAACAACGACGCUUACAACAAUGACGACACUUACAUCAACGACAACACUUACAACAAUCAAAAUUUCAACAACGAAGACAAUUACAUCGACAAAAACACAGCCACCGCCGAAACGAGCAACUCGCAACCCGCUUCGUGCAGUGGUGGCCGCGAUGGUGAUGGGUCCAGCGACAGUCCGUCGCAGUCCCAGGCUCCUGAGAAAUCCACGACAAUAGCGCCGGCGUCGGCUGAGAAGGCGCGUCCACACCAGUGCCUGCACUGCGACAGCCGCUUCUUCAAGACUGACGACCUGAAGCGGCACAUGCGCACGCACACGGGCGAGCGACCCUACUGCUGCGAGGUGUGCGGGCGCGCCUUUUCACAGCUGUGCAACCUCAAGAAGCACUGGAUCACGCACACCGGCGAGCGACAGUACCGCUGUGCGCUGUGCGGCCGCGCCUUCAAGCACUUCUCGGGGCUGCGGUUGCACGAGCGUACGCAUACGGGCGAGCGGCCGUACGGCUGCGACGUGUGCGGCCGCGCCUUUGCGCACUACUCCAACAUGAAGGCACACCGCCGCACGCACACGGGCGAGAAGCCCUACACGUGCGAUGUGUGCGGACGCGCAUUCUCGCAGGUAGGAAACAUGAAAAUGCACCUGCGCAUGCACCACGGCGGGCAGGUGUGACCCAGAGGUCGCAAACGGGUUUUUAUUCCUUACCCGUACCCGGCCGCACCAGGGUCGCAAAUGGGUACCCGUGCCCGGCCGGGUACGGGUACCCGUUGCCUACCCGUACCCUACCCGAAAUGAGUGACAAACGGUUACUCACCAGUGACUCACGGCCUACCCGUACCCGUACCCAGCUGCACCAGGGUCACAAAUGGCUACCCGUACCCGGCUGGGUACGGGUAGCCGGGUAUCGGGUAGGGUACGGGUAGUAUCGGGUACCCGGUUGCGACCUCUGGUGUGAUCUGAGCUCACGGGGAGUCGAGUCGCCGGUACCGCAAAGGGAGGUUUGGGUUUUGGUAUCGGCACGUGUCUUGAAAUACUUAGUAUUCUCCAGCUGCUAAAGAGAUGGCGCAGGUGUGAUGAGUCUUUGCCGUAUCGAGGGUUGAAUAGAUCUUUCGAAUAGAAUUUGGAGGGAGUUGCCAGCACUGAGUCGCCAUUGGGAAAGGAGGAAGGGAAUUUUUAUUUUCGGGAUCUGCGUGCGUCGAGACACUUGGUUGGGAUGAGCUGCCGAGGAUGGGGAAGCUGUUCCUUACUAAGGGCCAAAUAGGACCUGCAAAUACCUUCACAGGUGGGCCACACAUGAGAACACACGCCUCAGUCACGUUUGGCUCUUCACGAGGCCAGUUGUAGUUACAAGAAGUGACUUGAGUGCGUUUGAAAUUAUAGGGCUGUUUUAGUUUUGUGGGGUGGCCCUCUUUGUAUAUUCAGUUCCUUCCCUUUACUUUCCUUUUUACCUCCCCUGUCCAAUGUCAAACACUCUCCUGUUAUUUAUCUUGGUUUCUUCAGUUCUAGUGUUUAACUGUUAUAUAUAUGCAUUGCCAAGCUCAAUCAAAAGUUAAAUCAAACAAACAAAACUAGUUUUGCACAAAUGGGCGCAGUGUUGCUAUGGUUUUAUUUUGCAAUUUACUACAGUAUUUAAUUUAGUGCUUCAGUAUAUUGUGUUUCUACCAUUAUAAAGCAGUACAGGUGGUGCCCGGUAUGUCGUCUCGAUAUACCUCGUGUCGCACUCACGUCGCUGACUUUUUGAGGAGCCCAACGUAAAAUUUCCCCGCGCACACAGCCGUGUUACGGCUUUUCCAACUCAUUUCACCCGAGUCGAAAACACUGUCCAACUCGUAUUUCGCGCGUGCGCUGCCACCUUUCUCAGUCCCAUCGUGUUCUCCAACUAAUGUAGCGAGUGCUCCUUGUAAUCGGCGUGGACCAGAGGUCGCAAACGGGUUUUGAUUCCUUACCCCUACCCGUACCCGGCCGCACCAGGGUCGUAAACGGGUACCCAUACCCUACCCAUACCUGAUACCCGGCUACCCGUACCCGGCCGUGUAUCGGGUAGGGUAUGGGUAUCGGGUACCCGAUUGCGACCUCUGGCGUGGACUUUAUUGCAAAACAUCAUCGCGAACCUUCAACAACGAGUAGCACGCGUAGUGCUAGUGACAGUGCAGGUUGUGAUCAUAAGAAAAAGCGCAAUAGUGUUACGCUCGAUGUUAAAAAGGAAGUGAUAAAGUGUCGUAGGAAUGGUGAACGGUGCGAUUGAUAUCGGGCACCAUUCGAAUCUUCCUCCCAACGAGUGUAUGUACGACAGUGAAGAAUGCUGAUGAAAUAGAAAGUAAAGCUCGGCAUGUUUUUAAAAUAUUCGGAGGUUAAAAUUACACGGCAAAGAAGUGCUAUCGUGGGAAAAAAUGAAACGAUUGGCUGGCCUUGUGGAUCAAGGAUCUGCACAAAGAGAAUACGCAGUAAUUCUAGAUUUGAAGUUUUCGUGACUGCAGGAAUCCAUACUCUUUGUUUUUUCGGUAAAGUCACGUAGGUUGAAAAGAAAUAAAAUUCAAUGAUUUAAAUCACG